CGUCCCUCUGUUCAUAUCCCAUCGAAUAAAACUAUCCAGCGUAUUUGAAACACAAUCUUGUUGAUGCAAGGCUGGAUGCCUGUUUAUCAGAUAGAGUGGUAUUAACACCGAUGAUGGUUAUGCAUGGUGGAAAAAAGUGUUUGCGCUACGGGCUAUUUAAAUGACCAUUGCCCCGCUCCCCUCUUGGCCUCUACUCUUUCGUCUCUGCUUAUUCAGUCAUUUCCAAAGACAGUAAUGGAUACCGCCAGCACUCACCGCUCUCGUCCUUCAACCGCCAAGGACACCGUUGAUCCCUCCACACCCGUCAUCCCCAUGCCGGGCAAUCCCUCUGACCCUUCAAAGAAGAAGAAGAAGAGGCACGACAAGGACAAAGAUGGGGACGAUGACGAUGACGACAAGCACCGUCACCACGGUGACCGCAACAAGUUACUCGAGUGUGCGCUGGCACGUCGAUACGAGGAGCUCGAGAGUCUGAACCAGGCAUUUGAGGAUGCGAUCCAGGGCAAGAAGCCAUUGGAUCCACCGACGCAUUACUCGACGUCGGUACAGCGGGCCUGGCUGAAUUCGGUGGAUCCGCAUGAUUACCGCGCGCGUCUGGAGCAGUUGAUUGACCAGGCCGAGAUCAGACUGGAGAAGUUGGAGGAGAGACUUUGAUAAAAAAAAAAACCCCCCUCCGGACAGACCAUUUUUUGUAAGAUGCUGGGUGGCCCUUUGCCCCCCCCUUUUUUUUUACAAUGAAAUAAAAUAGCUUACCCGGAU